GAAAAAUUUAUUGGCCCCCCAGAUUCUGGGGGGUAAUAGCAUUUUGGCUAUUGCCCCCCAGAAACCAGAUGGCGUUGGCUACAGGCCCAGAUGCGCCUUCCGACCGUCUUUUGUUCUCGUUACAAGUUUGUUCUUCUUUUCAUUUCGUUUCUUACCUAAAUUCGCAAGCAUGACGACGAUGACGCCGUCAUUAUUUCAUGUGUUCUGUCGUAAAGUGUCAAUGAAGAAAUGAAAUAAAGAAGCAAGCAAAGGGGCUGCUAGAAAAAAAAACCUAAGGAUUACAAACUCAAUACAUGUGUGAUUGGUGUGCUAUGGAAUUUUGGCAGUUGUGUUGCAGGCAAAAGCUUGGUUGGUCAGAUGGGCAGUGGCUGGCUGAGUAUGUAGCCUAAUUGAGCUUAACGUUAGUAGGUGGAAGCUUGACGAUGGCAGUUGAACACUUGAUUAAAGCUUCCAGUAGCUUGAUUGUGGCAGGUCAUAGCUUUGGACAUAGCUUUAAUCAAAUUUUUUCUGAAGGAUCUGGCUUUGUCUGAUUGGAUUGGAUUCUGAAGGUCAUGGCUCAAUCGUUACUCUCAGAAGUCUAACUGAGUUCAUGGCUUGAUUAUUCAUGCUUGGCCGUGGCAGGUCAUAGCUUGAUUGCAAGUUCAUUGAGAAGCUUGGCUGUGGCAGGUCAUAGCUUGAUUUUGAUACCAACCUUAUGUAGCUUGGCUGUGGCAGGUCAUUGCUGAUUGAGAAUUGCUAUGAAGCUUGGCCAUGGCAGGUCAUUGCUGGUUCAGAGUUGGUUAUUAAGCUUGGCUGUGACAGGUCAUUGCUGAUUGAAAAUUGUUGUGAAGCUUGGCUGUGGCAGGUCAAUGCUGAUUGCAAAUUGUUGUGAAGCUUGGCUGUGGCAGGUCAUUGCUUGAUUUCUAGUUUGAUGCAGUGUGGUGUCGAUGUGGGUCACAUGUUAUUUGCAACAAAAUAAACGUUCAAAAAGAAAUUUACUAUAUUUACAUCAUUAAGAUAAGUACUCGGUCACAGGGGAAUUGUCAGUACACACAUAUAAUGAUAGGUGAAUAAAGGUGAUAAGUGAAGCCGGGCAGGUAUACGAAACAAUUCACCCCGUCGACUACGCGCGUCGGCAUCUCUUUGAGCCCAGCUAUAGGGCCAUAAACCACCCCUGCUUGAAGUUACCUUGUUACGCAAUCUCAAGGGAAGGUACAGGUGUAACCCUUUUGAAAUGCUGCGAACCAAUGGAUGGAAAGACGGACGGAAGCAAAGAAACGGAAGGAGACAACCAGAGAAGGAACUCAAUCCGUGUCCGUUUCUCAUACAAGAAUGUCCGUCCUUAGUUCACUGAGCAAAAAUCAUUUAUUCGAUAGUGUAGAAGACAUUUUACUCUUUAUCAAGAAAGUCGAGGUGGAAGAUAGUGUGUAUUUGCGCCGUGAUAAACCUAUUCAGAGUGUUGUGAGUUAUAACAAAGACAUUAACAAUAAGAAUAAGAUUGAUGAAAAGUGGUUGUUUAAAAGACUUACGUAUGUUUGCCCGCAUUACGGGAUACAUCGGGAUCGCUCCAAGACAAAGGAUAGACUCAAUCAAAAUGUGAUGCCCCAAAUUUGUCCAGUAAAAGUACAAUUCACGUUCUGUUCCAGGCAGGAAAAAAUUUAUGUUGCCUCAUUGGAAGUUGUCCACCAGAACCACCCCGUUUCCGCUGAGCACGUCUCUACGUAUGCCAGGAAAAGGCAUAUGGCACCUGAGGCUGUUGCCUUUGCAGAAGCUACUCUUUCCGUCGGUGCUCAACCCACUAAAGUGAGAAAGCUGUUGCCAGAUAAAUUUGGCAGCCAUCUCAUCAGUAAAGACCUGAUCAAAAUCAAACAGGCAUUGACAGGGAAGUCAGAUAAUGAAUGGAGAGAUACCGUUGAUUAUCUGAUGGACCUGCAGAAAGAAGAAAACAAUGUUAUUAAGGUUUUACAUGAUGCUGACGGAGAGGUGGCCGCAAUUUAAAUCCAGCUGGAAAAGCAGCGGCAAAUGUACAGAACAUACGGUAAUGUAAUAGAAUUAGACUGCACUUACAAAACCACCAAGGCUGGCUUUUCCCUUUAUCAUCUUUUAAUAGAGGAUAACAAUGGCGACGGGUAGCCUGUCGCGAUGUUCUUCAUGAAGGAAGAAACUGUGGAAUCAAUUGCAACAUGCCUGCAACUUUUU